UAAAUUUGCCCCUUCUUUCUUUCUCCUGCUUUCUCCUUCUCUUUCUGUUAGUGCAUGACAGACAUACCUAAAAGAAGGGUCAGACAGUUAGUUAUGCAGCCGUUAAACUGUGUAAUCUUCUUGCUUGGGCUGGCCAUCCUAUCGGCCACAUUUGGACCCUUCAUCACCAUUGCACAUAGAGAACUGAUGAUGGUAACUAACAGUGACAAAGGCCCAGAAAAUAAGCUGGAUCGCAGUGUAGAUGAAACCAGAACAGAUAAGGAAAUCAGAAUAAAUGUGUUUGCAGGACGGAAGAUGGCUCUUGGAGUUCCAGUCAUGGAGGACCACCCAAAGGAUGCUAGAAGCAAACCAAGCUCAGGAGAGAUUAGGAACUACUCAUCUAAUUCACGUGUGCCUUCAACCCUAAAGGGCAGUAGCGGAUCUAGGAUGAAGACAGGACCAUACAUGGCCAACAUUCCAAAUCCUCAACACAUCAGAAUCCUACCACUCAAGCCUUAUUACAGAUCUUUGAGUUUGGGCUCCAAAAAGGAACAAAAAGAUUCAACUGUUUACAGCAACUCAUAUAGAACUAAUGAUGACUUGAAGAAGAAAAUGCUGGAGUCCAGAGAUGAAGUUCUCAGAUUGCUUAACAAAGAUUACCAUGCUAAUCCCCAUAAGAGGCCACCAGUUCACAACUAAGAACGGCAAGGCAUGAGUGCCUGAGUCAUGUUUUGUGGCCUAAACAAAUGCUCUGCUUGUGUGAUGUCUCACUAUAACUCUAUGAUGUUUUACUUUGUAAUGUAUCAUAAGGAAUAAAAAUUGGGCUACUUAA